GUGGUACCCAUCCUUUGUGGUUUGAAACAUGGGAUGUCGCUGUCCUUCAAGGGAUCGAUUCCACAGGACAUCAAGAGGUUCCACAUCAACCUGCAGAGUGGAGUGGAGUCAGGCUGUAACAAGACCUUACACUUCAACCCCCGGUUCGAUGGCACAGAGGUGGUGGUGUUCAACAGCUUCCGGAGAGGCAGUUGGGAAAAUGAGGAGAGACCCAGUGAGAUGCCCUUCCGUAAGGGAGAAGACUUUGAGAUAGUCAUGAAUAUCACCGCUCAAGGCUACGAGGUGAAGGUGAACGGCCGUCCCUUCCACGUGUUCAAGCACCGCAUGCCGGUGGCCACCGCCACUGCCAUAAAGAUUGCCGGGGAUGUCAUCAUGCGGAGUUUCAACAUCGAAAUGGGAAUGGGUUCUAAGACACUUCCCGGAGGACCGGCAAAAGAGAAACCGAUAUGUGAAGUUCCAGCACGUCCAGCGAAGAAGGAGCAGGUCAACCCAAAUAUGGAGUACAUCUACGGCGGUCUGAGGUGUGGGAUGUCGCUGUACUUCAAGGGAACUGUUCCUCAAGAUGCCAAAAGGUUCAGCAUCAAUCUGCACUGUGGGUCGGCCCAGGGCUGUGACAACGCCUUCCACUUCAACCCCCGGUUAGACUCCAAGGUGGUGGUGUUCAACACCAUGCGGAAAGGUGGCUGGGAAAAAGAGGAGAGGCCCAAAGAGAUGCCCUUCCGCAGGGGAGAGGACUUUGAGCUGGUCUACAAAAUCACUGCAGAGGGCUACCAGGUGAAUGUGAACGGUAAUCCAUUCUACUUCUUCAAGCACCGCAUGCCGUUUGAGGAUGUGACUGCCAUAAGGUUCGUUUUGGAUGUCAACAUGGAGAUCAUCAACGUCAUAGAGGGAGGAGAAGGAGGCCUGCAGGGGUAUCUUACUCAAGGAAGGAUUUUGGUUCCUAAUGAAGACUCGUACACAGGGACAAUCUAUGGUGGUUUGAGAGAGGGAAUGUAUCUGUACUUCCGGGGGACUGUGAACCAAAGGGUCGACGGUUUCAGCAUCAACCUGCAGUAUUCUCAGCAGAGAGGCUAUGUCAAAGCCAUGCACUUCAACCCUCGGUUCAAGCACGACCCAAUGGUGGUGUUCAACACUCUAACAAGGAGGAAGUGGCAGAGGGAGGAGAUAGUCCAUCGCAUGCCCUUCUGUAAGGGGGAGAGCUUUGAGGUUCUCUUCUGUGUCGACAAAAAGGCCUACCGGGUGUUUGUAAACGGCUGUCCAUUCUACACGUACAAGCACCGCGUACCAUUGCAGCAUGUGAACGUCAUCAGAAUCAAAGGGGAUGUCUCCAUGGAUACUGUCGACAUCAUCGGGGGAGGGAAAGGUAUGGCGUGGAUUCGAGGCCUACGAACGAUUUUAGUUCCAAAAGUCCCACACGUGGAGCCCAUCUUUGGAGGCUUGAGGGUUGGGACAUAUCUGUACUUCCGGGGGAAGGUUCCAAAUGACAUCAACAGGUUCAACAUCAACCUUCAGUGGGGGCAGAUGCCAGGAUCUGUCAUAAGCUUACAUUUCAACCCUCGGUUCACGCCCUCUGAGGUGGUGGUGUUCAACACCUUCCAGGAUGGCAAAUGGGAAAAUGAGGAGAGGGUCGAUCAGAUGCCCUUCCGUAAGGGGCAGAGCUUCGAGGUGGUCAUCAUCGUCACCACAGUGGGCUAUCAGGUGGUGGUGAAUGGUCGUCCAUUUUACUUGUUCAAACACCGCAUGCCGGUGUUCCUCGUGAGUGCUCUGAACAUCGGUGGGGACGUAUCCAUGCAGACUGUCCACAUGAUUAAUGGAGUCCAAGGAGCCUUGGAUGGUCAUCCAAGUCUUGGAAAGAUGGUCGUUACUAAAAUCCCACACGUGGGGCCCAUCUACGGCGGUUUGAGGAUGGGCAUGGCUCUGUACUUCCGGGGAACCGUUCCCCAAAAGUGCAACAGGUUCAGCAUCAACCUGCAAUUAGGACAAUCGAAUGAAAGUGACAAUGCUUUCCACUUCAACCCCCGAUUCGAUACCAAUGUGGUGGUGUUCAACACCUAUCGGAAUGGCAAAUGGGAAAAUGAGGAGAGGCCCACUGAGAUGCCCUUCCGUAAAGGAGAGGACUUUGAGAUAGUCUUCUUAGUCAUUGCACAAGGCUUCCAGGUGCACGUAAACGGUCGUUUGUUCCAUGUCUUCAUGCACCGCAUGCCGUUGGAGUACGUGACUGCCAUUAGGAUCACUGACGACGUCACCAUUCAGACCGUCAACAUAACUGAGGCUGGAAAACUAGGCAUACUGAGACACCCAGGUCUGGGAAGGAUGACAAUUAGCAGCAUUCCGUUUGUGGGGACCAUCCAGGGCUGUUUGAGAACAGGGAUAUACAUGUACUUCCGAGGAAAGGUUCCCGAACAGAUCAAAAGUUUACACAUCAACCUGCAGUAUGGGCAGCUGCCAGGAUGUGACAAGGCCUUACACUUCAACCCCCGGUUCGAUCCCGAAGAAGUGGUGGUGUUCAACAGCUUCAGAAAUGGCAGCUGGGAACAAGAGGAGAGGGUUCAUCGAAUGCCCUUCUGUAAGGGAAAGGACUUUGAGAUGGUCAUCAUUGCCACCCAACUGGGCUACCAGGUGAUCGUAAACGGUCGUCCAUUACACUUGUUCAGGCACCGCAUGCCGGUGGAACUUGUGAAUGCACUGGAAAUUGGUGGGGACGUCUCCAUGGAGUCCCUCCACCUGUUCCGGCGAGGACAUGCGCUUGCAGGUAUAGGAAGGAUAGUUGUUUCCAAAAUCCCACAUGUUGGGCCCGUCUAUGGUGGUUUGAGGACCGGAAUGUUUAUGUUCUUCCGGGGAACCAUUCCACAACAGAUUGACAGCUUUGCCAUCAACCUGCAGUAUGGGGAACUGGAAGGCAGUGACAUUGCCUUGCACUUCAACCCCCGAUUCGAUUCCAAUGUGGUGGUGUUCAACACCUACCGGAAUGACCAGUGGGAAAAAGAGGAGAGGGUCUAUGAGAUACCCUUCAAAAAGGAUCAGAACUUUGAGCUGAUCUACAUUAUCACACCAAACGGCUACCAGGUGGCCAUAAACGGUCGUCAGUUCUACUUCUUUGAGCAUCGCAUGCCAGUGGAUCACGUGAGCGCCGUGAAGAUCAUUGGGGACAUCUCUGUGCAGACGGUCGACACAAUUGGGGGAGAAGUAGACGAAGAAGAGCAGGAGGGACUUCCAGAUUUCGGAAGGCUAGUCAUUAAUAAAAUUCCACAUGUGGGCCCCAUCCACCGUUGUUUGAGGACGGGGAUAGCUUUGUACUUCCAGGGCACGCUUCCCGAACAGACCAACAGUUUUGCCAUCAACCUGCAGUUUGGGCAAAUGGAAGACUGUAACAAAGCCUUACACUUCAACCCCCGGUUCACGCCCUGUGAGGUGGUGGUGUUCAACACCUUCCGGAAUGGUAGCUGGGAACAGGAAGAGAGAGUCUUCAAGAUGCCCUUUACUCCAGGGGAGGAGUUUGAGAUCAUCAUCCUUGUCACAUCACAGGGCUUCCAGGUGUAUGUAAAUGGUGAAAAGUUCUAUCUGUUCCUGCACCGCAUGCCCAUGGAGCUUGUGAGUGGCAUAAACAUCGCUGGGGAUGUCUCCAUGGAGACCAUCGACAUGAAACAGCAAGAACCAGAAGAAGUGGAGAAGAAGCCAGAAGAGAAGGUGGUGCUUCGUAGCAUCUCUGAUGUGGGACCUAUCUAUGGCGGUUUGAGGCCGGGAAUGUCUAUUUACUUCAAGGGAACAGUUCCCGACGAUGCCAGCAGGUUCAGCUUAAACCUGCAUAGUGCGGAGCCUGAAACCUAUGACAACAUCUUCCACUUCAACCCCCGGUUCGAUUCCAGUGUGGUAGUGUUCAACACCUACAAGAAUGGCGGCUGGGAAAAUGAGGAGAGGCCCACUGAGAUGCCCUUCCAUACAGGAGAGGACUUUGAGGUCCUCUACAUCAUCACCUCAGAGGGCUACCAGGUGAAAGUGAACGGUAAUGACUUCUACUUCUUCAAGCACCGCAUCCCAUUAGAGAAAGUGGCUAUCAUAAGGGUCUUUGGGGAUGUCUCAGUGCAGAUUGUUAACAUCAUUGAGGGAGGACAAGAAGGCAUACCAGAACAACUAAGUCUAGGAAAUAUUGUGGUUAAUACAAUCCCACAUGUUGGGCCCAUCUACGGCGGUGUGAGGAAGGGGAUGUAUCUGUACUUCCGGGGAAAGAUUGAUGAUGACAUCAGCAGGUUCAACAUCAACCUACAGUAUGGGGAGAAGGAAGACUGUGAAAAAGCCUUACACUUCAAUCCCCGGUUUGAGCCUACACAAGUGGUGGUGUUUAACACCUUCCGGAAUGGCACCUGGGAAAAGGAGGAGAGGGUUGAUGAGAUGCCCUUCACUAAGGGAGAGGACUUUGAGCUGGUCAUCAAUGUCACUCCAAAGGGCUACCAGUUCAUCGUAAACGGUCGUCUGUUCUAUUUGUUCAUGCACCGCAUGCCAGUGGAGCAAGUGAGCACCCUGGCCAUUGAUGGGGACAUCUCCAUUGAGUCCAUCAACACGAUUGGGAGCGGACCAAGAGGCAUUCUGGGAUAUCGAGGUCUAAGAAAUAUAUUGGUUACUAAAAUCCCACACGUGGGGCCCGUCUUCGGGGGUUUGAGGACUGGGACGUAUCUCUACUUCCGUGGAACAGUUCCCGAGACAAUUAAAAGCUUCUUCAUCAACCUGCAGUACGGGCAGAGGAAAGGAUGUGACAUCCCCUUCCACUUCAAACCCCAGUUUGAGCCCCAUGAGGCGGUGGUGUUUAACACCUUCCGGAACGGCAAAUGGGACACUGUGGAUGUGGUCCAUCAGAUGCCCUUCACAAAAGGGAAAGAGUUUGAGCUGGCCAUCUUCAUCAUCUCAGAGGGCUACCAGGUGGUCGUGAACGGUCGUUUGUUCUACCUGUUCAAGCACCGCAUGCCAGUGGAGCACAUUGGUGCCCUAGCGAUUGAGGGGGACGUCACCAUCCAGGCCACCGACAUGCUCGUGGGAGGUGAAGGAGGCGUGCAUCCAAGUCUAGGAAAGAUGGUUGUGACUAAAAUCCCGCACGUGGGGCCCGUCUAUGGCGGUUUGAGGUCUGGAAUGUAUCUGUACUUCAAGGGAACCGUUCCCCAACAGAUCAACAAUUUUGCCAUCAAUCUGCAGUAUGGGCAGAUGGAAGGAUGUGACAUAGCCUUGCACUUCAACCCCCGGUUCGAUCCCUCAGAGGUGGUGAUGUUCAACACCUUCCAAAAUGGCACCUGGCAACAGGAGGAGAGGGUCGAUGCGAUGCCCUUCACUAAGGGAGAGGACUUUGAGCUGCUCUUAAUUCUCACCUUACGUGGCUUCCAGGUGAACGUAAACGGUCGCCAGUUCUACUUGUUCAAGCACCGCAUGCCGGUGGAGCACGUGAGUGCCAUCAAGAUCAUUGGGGACGUCUCCGUUCAGAACGUUGACAUGACCGAGGGAGGACAAGAAGAGGAACAACCAGGUGAAGAAGAGACAGUGCAAAUCCCACACCUGCGAUCCUUCCGUGGUGGUUUGAGACCCGGGAUGUAUCUGUACUUCAAGGGCACCAUUCCCCAAAACAUAAAAAGAUUCUCUAUCAACCUGCAGUACGGGCAGACGAAAGACACUGACAUAGCUUUACAUUUCAACCCACGAUUCGACGGCGAAGAGGUUGUUGUGUUCAGCACCUUGCGGAACGGCAACUGGGAAAAUGAGGAGAGGCCCACUGAGAUGCCCUUCCGUAAAGGAGAGGACUUUGAGGUCUUCAUCUUUGUCACCACAACAGGCUACCAGGUCAAUGUAAACGGUCGUCAGUUUCACUUGUUCAACCACCGCAUGCCGGUGGACCAAGUGAGUGCCCUGAACGUUGUUGGGGACGUCACCAUGCACACCAUCAACUUAAUCCGGGGAGGACCAGGAGGUGUACCAGGGCAACCAGGUCUAGGGAAGGUGGUGGUCACUAAAAUUCCACAUGUGGGGCCUGUCUACGGUGGUUUGAGGCCAGGGAUGUACCUGUACUUCUGGGGAACCAUUCCCCAUACAAUCGAAAGCUUCCACAUCAACCUGCAGUGUGGGCAGAUAUCAGGAUGCGACAAAGCCCUCCAUUUCAACCCUCGGUUCCAGCCCUCGGAGGUGGUGGUGUUCAACAGCUUCCGGAGCGGCAACUGGGAAACUGAGGAGAGGGUCGAUGUGAUGCCCUUCCAAAAGGGGGGCAGAUUUGAGCUGUUCAUCAUUGUCACCACGGAGGGCUUCCAGGUGGUCGUAAAUGGCCGUCCAUUCUACUUGUUCAAGCACCGCAUACCGGUGGAGCAUGCGACUGCCGUUAAAAUCGGUGGGGACGUGUCUGUGCAGACCAUCAACACGAUCAUGAGUGGACCAAAACAGGGACAACCGGGUCUUGGAAAGAUGGUGAUUACUACUAUCCCUCAUGUUGGGCCCAUCUACGGCGGUUUGAGGCCGGGGAUGUCUCUGUUUUUCCGAGGAACUGUUCCCCAGAACAUCAACGGGUUCAGCAUCGACCUGCAGUGUGGGGAAUUUGAUGGAUGUGACAAAGCCUUACACUUCAACCCUCGGUUCAAGCCCUCAGAGGUGGUGGUGUUCAACUCCUUCCGGAAUGGCAAAUGGGAAAAGGAGGAGACAGUCGAUGAGAUGCCCUUUGAACCAGGGGAGAGCUUUGAGCUGCUCAUCAUGGUCACCUCAAAGAGCUACAAGGUGAAAGUAAACGGCCGUGUGUUUUACACAUUCCUGCACCGCAUGCCAGUGGUGUACGUGAGUGCCGUAAAGAUUGCUGGAGACAUCACCAUGGAGACCGGCGACAUCACCGAGGGAGGAGACGAGGAAGCAGAGAAAGAAAAAGUGAUUCCUAGCAUCCCACAGGUGGGGCUCAUCUCUGGCGGUUUGGUGCCAGGAAUGGCUUUGUACUUCAAUGGAACGAUUCCCCAAAAGGUCAACAGGUUCAGCUUCAAUCUGAAUUGUGGGGAGACAGAAGGCUGUGACAAUGCCUUCCAUUUCAACCCACGAUUCGAUACCUCAGAGGUGGUGUUCAGCACCUUCCAGAAUGGCAGCUGGCAAGAGGAGGAGGUUGUCAAGGAGAUGCCCUUCGAUGCAGGAGAGGACUUUGAGCUGGCCUUCAUAGUCCUCUUAGAGGGCUACCAGGUUAAAGUAAAUGAUCGUGAGUUCCACUUUUUCAAGCACCGCAUACCUGUCGUAAAUGUGACCGCCAUCAAAAUCGUUGGGGACGUCUCCAUUCAGAGCACCAACAUCACAGAGGGAGGAACAGCGACCAUGCAGGGACGUCUUAGCCAAGGAAAGAUGGUGGUGGAUAGCAUGCCAUUUGUGGGGCACAUCCACAGCGGUUUGAGGACUGGGAUGUAUCUCUACUUCCGGGGAAUCAUUCCACGAGAGAUCAACGGGUUCUCCAUCAACCUGGAGUGUGGAGAGAAGAAAGACUGUGAAAAAGCCUUAGUCUUCAAAUCACAGUUCCAGCCCUCGGAGGUGGUGGUGUUCAACAGCUUCCAGAACGGCAACUGGGAAACUGAGGAGAAGGUUGAUGGAAUUCCCUUCAGCAAGGGGGAGCCCUUUGAGCUGCUCUUCAUUGUCAUGACAAAUGGCUACCAGGUGAUCGCAAACGGUCGUCGGUUCUUCUUGUUCAAGCACCGCGUACCGGUGGAGAGAGUAAGCGCCAUCAAGAUCGUUGGGGACGUCUCCAUGGAGACCAUCGACAUGAUUGGGGGGACAAUUCAAGGAUAUCGAGGUCUACAAAAGAUAGCAGUGACUAGAAUCCCACAUGUGGGGCCUGUCUUCGGUGGUUUGAGGACUGGGAUGUAUCUGUACUUCCGGGGAACCAUUCCACAAGAGAUCAACAGGUUUUUCAUCAACCUGCAGUACGGGCAGGUGAAAGACUCCGACAUAGCCAUACACUUCAACCCCCGAUUCGAUACCAAUGUGGUGGUGUUCAACACCUUCCGGAACGGCAGAUGGGAAAAUGAGGAGACGCCCACUGAGAUGCCAUUCCGUAAGGGAGAGGACUUUGAGGUCCUCUACAUUAUCACCACAGAGGGCUACCAGGUGAAUGUAAACGGUCGAGCGUUCCACUUGUUCAAGCACCGCAUGCCGCUGGAGCACGUGAGCGCCCUGCUGAUCGGCGGGAACAUCACCAUGCAGACCGUCGACAUGAUCGGGGGAGGAGAAGGAGGCUUGCAUCCAAGUCUAGCAAACAUGGUUGUUACAAAAAUCCCACACGUGGGGCCCGUCUAUGGCGGUUUGAGAACCGGAAUGUUUUUGACCUUCAGGGGAACCCUUCCUGAGGAGAUCAAAAGUUUUUCCAUCAACCUGCAGUAUGGGCAGCUGAAUGACGCUGACAUAGCCUUACACUUCAACCCCCGAAUUGAUUCCAAUGUGGUGGUGUUCAACACCUUCCGGAGUGGCAACUGGGAAGAGGAGGAGAAGCCCUCUGAGAUGCCCUUCCAAAAGGGGAAGGAUUUUGAGACAGUCAUCUUGAUCAACCCAGAGGGUUACCAGGUGUAUGUGAACGGUCGUUACUUCUACUUGUUCAAGCACCGCAUGCCAGUGGAGCAUGUGAGUGCCAUUAAUAUAGUUGGGGACGUCACCAUGAAAACCGUCAACAUGAUAGAGGGAGGAGAAGGAGCACCUAAACUGCCACCUCCAGGACCGGUGGUGGUUAGUACCACCCCACAUUUGGAGCCCAUCACUGGCGGACUGAGGCCUGGGAUGUAUCUGUACUUCAAGGGAACCGUUCCUCAAGCGGUCAAACGUUUUUCCAUCAACCUGCAGUAUGGGCAGAUCGAAGGAUGUGACAGGGCCUUACACUUCAACCCACGGUUCGACACCGAAGAGGCGGUGUUGUUCAACUCCUUUAAGAACGGCAACUGGGAAGAGGAGGAGAAGCCCACUGAGAUGCCCUUCAAAAAAGGGAAGGACUUUGAGACAGUCAUCAUUAUCACCACAGAAGGCUACCAGGUGUUCGUAAACGGUCGUCACUUCCACUUGUUCAAGCACCGCAUGCCGGUGGAGCAAGUGAGUGCUAUAGAGAUCCUUGGGGAUGUUUCCAUACAGCACAUCUACAUGAUUGAGGGAGGACAGAGACAACUAACUCUGGGAAAGAUUGAGAUUACUAAAAUCCCACACGUGGAGGCCACCUAUGGCGGUUUGAGGCCAGGGAUGUAUCUGUACUUCAAGGGAACUGUUCCUCAAGAGAUCAAAAGUUUUUCCAUCAACCUGCAGUAUGGGCAGAUCGAAGGAUCUGACAUAGCCUUCCACUUCAACCCCCGAUUCGAUCCCUCACCAGUGGUGGUGUUCAACUCCUUCAAGAACGGCACCUGGGAAAUGGAGGAGAAGGUCGAUGUGAUGCCCUUCACUAAGGGGGAGGAGUUUGAGGUGGUCUACAUUAUCACCUUAGAGGGCUACCAGGUGAACAUAAACGGUCGCCAGUACUACCUGUUCAAGCACCGCAUGCCGGUGGAGCACGUGAGUGCCGUGAACAUCACUGGGGACAUCUCCAUGAAGACCCUGAACAUGAUCCCGGGAGGACAAACUGUGGAGGGUGAUGGAACGAUUGAGGUUCCUAGCAUCCCACACGUGGGACCCGUCUAUGGCGGUUUGAGGCCGGGGAUGGCUCUGUUCUUCCGUGGAACAAUUCCCGAAGACAUCCAGAGCUUUGCCAUCAACCUGCAGUAUGGGACGAUUAAAGGCUCUGACAUAGCCUUCCACUUCAACCCCCGCUUCGAGCCUUCAGACGUGGUGGUGUUCAACAGCUUCAAGAAUGGCAACUGGGAAGAGGAGGAGAGGGUAGAGGCGAUGCCCUUAGUACCCGGAGAGAGCUUUGAGAUGGCUAUCCUUGUCACCGUAGAGGGCUACCAGGUGAUCAUAAACAGUCAGCGGUACCACUUGUUCAAACACCGCAUGCCGGUAGAGCACGUCAGCGCCCUAGAGAUCACUGGGACCAUCUUCAUUCAGUCCGCCAACAUGGUCGCGGGAGGAGAUGUACAGAUUAAAGAAAAGCCAGUUGUAGAAGAAAAAGUACCAGAGACCCUCCCACAUGCGGAGCAUGUCCCUGGCAAUUUGGUGACAGGGAAGGCUCUGUUUUUCAAGGGAACAAUUCCCAGUGAGAUCGCAAGUUUUGCCAUCAACCUGCUGUGUGGGUACACGAAAGACUCUGACAUAGCCUUCCACUUCAACCCCCGGUUCGAGCCCACCAAGGCGGUGGUGUUGAACUCCUUCCAGAAAGGCACCUGGGAAACGGAGGAGAAGGUCGAUGAGAUGCCCUUCACUAAGGGGGAGAGCUUCGAGCUGGUCUAUAUUAUCACUGCAGAGGGCUUCCAGGUGUACGUAAACCGUCGUAAGUUCUGCUUUUUCAAGCACCGUAUACCAGCGGAGCAAGUGAACGCUGUGCAGGUCAUUGGGGAAGUCUUCAUACAGACCACCAGCUGCAUUGACGAAGUAGAUGUACAGAAGGAAGAUGUACAUGAAAUCGAGCAUACUGAGGUUAUGGUGGUCACCCAGUCUGCGCCCGUCCCAACUGGUUUGAAGGCUGGGAUGUCAGUGUUCUUCCCGGCAGAAAUUCCCCAGGAUAUCACCAGGUUCAUCGUUGACCUGUCAUGUGGAGACACUGAGGGCAGUGACAUAGCAUUCCGCUUGUGCUCCCAGUUCAAGCCCUCGGAGGAGGUGGUGUUCAACAGCUUCCAGAAUGGCCAGUGGGGAGAAGAGGAGAAGGCCGAUGGGAUGCCCUUCGUUAAGGAGGAGGGCUUUGCGCUGGUCAUCCUUGUCACCCCAGUGGGCUACCAGAUAACCGUAAAUAGCAUUCCGUUCCACUUGUUCAAGCACCGCAUCGAAAUGGGUCAAGUGCGUGCCGUAAAGGUCUUUGGGAACAUAACCGUUCAGAUGAACAUCAACGUACACGAGGAAAUAAUACCAGAACCCGAGAAGAAACCAGAAGAAGAAGUAAGAGAGGUCAUCCAAUCUCAGGUACCCGUUCCAGGCAGCUUGAAGACAGGAACGACACUGACCUUCCAGGGAGUGAUUCCCAAGGAGAGCAGAAAGUUCAGCAUCAACCUGCAGUGUGCAGACACUCCAGGCAGUGACAUAGCGUUCCACUUCAACCCCCAGUUUGAGACGUCUUUGGUGAUGUUCAACACCUUCCGAAACGGCGUCUGGGAGGAGGCGGAGAAGGUUGAUAAGAUGCCCUUCACUAGGGGGGAGUCAUUUGUGCUGGUCUAUAUCAUCACCUUAGAAGGUUACCAGGUGACCAUAAACGGCACUGAGUUCUACUUGUUCAAGCACCGCAUACCGCUGGAGCAAGUGAGAACCUUGCAGGUCGCUGGGGACGUUUCUGUGCCAACCAUCGACGUCGUAGAGGGAGCCGGACAAUAUCCAACUCCAGCAGAACUGGGGACUGUCCAAUUUCUGGAACCUGUCCAAGGCACUUUGAAGACAGGGACGACACUGACCUUCCAAGGAACGGUACCUGAUGUGACCAAGAGGUUCAGCAUCAACCUGCAGUGUGGGGAUACUAAAGAGAGUGACAUAGCGUUCCACUUCAGCCCUCAGUUUGACACGUCGGUGGUGGUGUUCAACACCUUCCGAAACGGCAGCUGGGAGGAGGCGGAGAAGGUUGCAAAGAUGCCCUUCACUUUGGGGAAAGCAUUUGUAGUGGUCUAUAUCAUCACCUUAGAAGGUUACCAGGUGACCAUAAACGGCACUGAGUUCUACUUCUUCAAGCACCGCAUACCGCUGGAGCAAGUGAGAGGCCUGCAUGUCGCUGGAGACGUCCUCAUGAAGACCGUGAACGUUGUGGAACCCGUUCCAAAAUAUCCAAGUCCAGCGCAACUUGGGCCUGUCCAAUCUGUGGCACCCAUGCCAGGCAAUCUGAAGGUGGGGAUGUCAAUGGCCUUCAAGGGAAUUAUUCCCAUGGAGAUUACCAGGUUCUGCAUCAAUCUGCAGACCGGUGUGACCGAGGCCAGUGACACAGCCUUACACAUUAACCUGCUGUUUGACACCUCAGAGGUGGUGUUCAACACAUUCCGCAAUGGCAGCUGGGAAGAGGCUGAGAAGGUCACUGAGAUGCCCUUCACUAAGGGCCAGGCCUUUGUUCUGGUCAUCAUCAUCACCGCAGAGGGCUACCAGAUGAAUGUAAAUGAUAAGCAAUUCUACCUCUUCAAGCACCGCAUAUCCUUUGAUCAAGUACGCUGCCUGCAGGUCAUUGGGAAUGUCUCCAUGGAGACCGUAAAUAUCAUCCAGGAAACCGUACGGUCAUAUACAAGUCCAGCACGAAUUGGGCCCAUCCAAACUGUGGUGCCCAUGCCUGAGAGUUUGAAGUCAGGGAUAUCGAUGUCCGUCGAGGGAACAAUUCCUCAAGAUAUCACCUGUUUCUGCAUCAACCUGCAGUGUGGAGACACUGACGACUGUGACACGGCGUUCCACUUCAGUCCCCAGUUCGAGACCUCGGGUGUGGUGUUCAACUCCUUCCAGCACGGCGCCUGGGGAGAACAAGAGAAGGUCCAUGAAAUGCCUUUCUGUAAGGGGCAGAGCUUUGUGUUGCUCAUCAAUAUCACCUCGGCAGGCUACCAGGUGAUGGUGAACGGAAAUGAGCUCUACUUGUUCAAGCACCGCAUACCACUGAAGAGAGUGACUGCCCUGCAGGUCAUUGGAAACGUCUCCUUACAGACCAUCAGCAUUAUUGAGACUGCCCCAUCUGUGACACCACUUCCCAGUGGUUUGGCGUUGGGGACAACUGUGACCUUCCUGGGAAUGAUUCCCAAUGAAAGCACUGGGUUCAACAUUGACAUGCAGUGUGGGACCGCGGAAGGCUCCGACACGGCCUUCCGCUUCUGCCCACAGUUCGAUCCCUCACCGGCGGUGGUGUUCAACUCCUGCCGGAACGGCAGCUGGGAAACGGAGGAGAGGGUCGAUGUGAUGCCCUUCCAUAAGGGAGAGGACUUUGAGCUGGUCAUGAUCAUCACCUCUGAGGGCUACCAGGUGAACAUAAAUGGUCACGAGUUCUACUUGUUUAAGCACCGCAUUCCAGUAGAGCAAGUGAGAGCCCUUCAGAUUGCCGGGAACGUCAACAUGCCAACUGUCAACAUCGUAGAGGGAGCAAUGUUGGGCUUGCAUGGAAUCGCAUGUUUCGAAACAGUGGUUGUUACUAGCGGGCCAAUAGUGGUACCCAUCCCAGACGGUCUUACGGUGGGGACGUCCAUGAGCUACAAGAUUACAGUUCCCCAGGAUGUCCCGAGCUUUAGCAUUGACCUGAUGGGCGGGGAGGCUGCAGGCUGCGACCUAGCGCUCCACUUCAACGCCCAAUUUGAGCCAGAAGAGGUGGCGGUGUUCAACAGCUUCCAGAGCGGCGCCUGGGGACAGGAGGAGAGGGUCGCUCCGAUAGUCUUCCAUAGGGGGGAUAGCUUUGAGCUGUUCUUCAUGGUCACCAAAGCGGGCUACCAGGUGAAAGUGAACGGCACUGAUUUCCACAUGUUCGCGCACCGCAUUCCGGUGGAGCAUGUGACUACCAUGCAGAUCAGUGGGAACAUCAACCUGGAGACCGUCAACAUCUUCCUGGGAGGAGUUUUCGACAUGGGGUGUCUCGAUCCAAUGGCGGUUUCUGGAUCUAUGGGCGGCCAGUGGACUUGUGAAGUAAAGGAGAUUCCGAUGUGAUGUCAGAAAUCCAACAUUAAUUCUUUACGGGAGUAACAGUAUUUUCCAUAUCAUGAUCCGCUUUGGGAAAUCAGAGGUUUUAGGUGUUUGCAAAUGUUUGACUCCACUGUACCCCGACCUUCGCCCUGGAAAACAUUGAUAUCACUGUUUCAACACCUCUGUUCUGAUGUCACUCUUCUGAUACCCUGCUGAUGCCACUGUUAUAAUACCCUGCUCUCAUGUCACUGUUUUGAUGUCACUGUUCUGAUACCAUGCUCUGAUGUCACGGUUCUGAUACCCUGCUCUGAUGUCACUGCUCCGAUACCAUGCCCUGAUGUCACUGCUCUGAUACCCUGCUUUGAAGCCCCCUCACAUCCUAGCUUUUAGUGCCAGAUGCCCACUCCAGAGUCCUCAGCUUCCAGCCUUAUUCCUCUGCCUUCCGCUCAUAUAGGCUGUUUGUUGCUGGUGAUAGGGGCUGUGUUUCACACAGUCAGUUAAUAAACACUA